CCUUUCUGCUUAUUGCCGUUCUGCUCUUCCCUUUUCAGAGGAAACUACUGAACUUGGAAGGAAGACUCCACUGUUCCAUAAUCAUGGCACUCUUUUCUUUUGUAACCCCAGUCUUUAUAGCCAUUAUAUGUAUUUUGAUUGGGGUAAUACUGAAGAAGACUGAUGGAGAGAAGGAAAAAUAUGAGACUAAAAGCAAGCCUCUAUCUCAUCCAUGGGUGGAUGAAGAUUUAAAAGAUGGCACAGACCACCACUUAGAGGAAGAAGAGGUGGAUGAAGAGUGGCAAGGACCUGAGGAAAAUGUUGCCCAUGUCCCCUUCUCUGCGGAGCGCUACACUGAGGCCGAAAUGAUUACAAGGUCAAAGAUGUUUUAUGAGCUUCUUAAUAAGAGGCGGUCUGUCAGGUUUCUUAGUGAUGAGCCGGUCCCCAGGGAGGUUCUCGAUAAUGUCAUCAGAACAGCAGGUACUUCACCCAGUGGAGCACACACUGAGCCCUGGACCUUUGUGGUAGUGCAAGAUCCAUAUUUAAAACAUAAGAUUCGUGAGAUUGUAGAAGGAGAAGAAGAAAUCAACUACAAAAAAAGGAUGGGAGACAGAUGGGUUAAUGACCUGAAAAGAUUGAGAACAAACUGGAUCAAAGAGUACUUGGACACUGCUCCAUAUCUGAUCCUCAUUUUCAAGCAGGUAUAUGGGUGGCUUCCCAAUGGCAAAAAGAAGACCCACUACUACAAUGAAAUCAGUGUUUCUAUUGCCUGUGGUAUCCUGCUUGCUGCACUGCAGAAUGUGGGUCUGUGCACAGUGACCUCCACGCCUCUCAACUGUGGCCCCCAACUCCGGGUGCUGCUCCAGCGCCCAGCAAAUGAGAAGCUACUCUUGUUGCUCCCUGUUGGCUAUCCCAAGAAAGAUGCUACUGUGCCUGUGCUGACCCGAAAGCCGCUGGAAGACAUCAUGGUAGUCAUGUGAGCCCAGUGCCACUAGGAAGAAGCACAUUCCUACUGAUAGCUUGUAAGCAGCAGCCCACUGAAGUUGUCACUGCUGCUUCUGUGUAUCAUCCUCCUGUGUCACUGCUGUCCUGGCAGUUUACACCUGUGUUCCUCUUAGUGCUAGUAGUCUACCAAUAGCAUUGAGCAGUCAUGCACUGUGCAUUUGGCACUUGCUAUUAUCAAUGAGACCAGGCAGUUGUUCCAGGAGACAUGUACAAUGGCAUUUAAAUGACCUUCAUCACUCGAUUAUUCUUAUGCAUUGUAGGGAUAAAUCUUUACUUGAAUGUAUAUUUUCCUUAUACUUUCAUGAUUAUCAUUACCCAGCUAUUUUCACUUCAGAAUUUUAAUGGAGGUUGUAUUAAAAGAUAUAAAAGGUCAAA